AUGGCUCGCGGCCCAUUUGCCAACAGUGCAGCCGCGCGAAUCGCGCUGCAGAUUGCGAGUAUGAUGAUGGCAAAACCAAGACACCUCGAGUCUCCCCAGGGCGGCUCAUCCUCCACCUCCAGGGAUCAAGGCCCCAACCCUCUACAACAGAUGGCGGAUAUCGCCUUCGAACAAGGAUCGUCUAGUCUCCUGCCGGAGCAGAGGUCAUCAGGCUUCACUCCUCACCAAGCAAAUUAUGAUUUUAACGUUGUAGUAGAUCCACAGUCACGAUCAGAUAUAG